GGACGACUGUAAAAAAUGAGAAGUGUUGAAAAAGAUAAUUGGGUUCGCAUUCUUUGAGGAUAGCAUUGCGAUCGCCACAUCAACGUAUAGCAUUUCUCGCCAGCAACGCCAAUCGCUGUGAAGAUAUUAUGAGAAGUGAUAGCACUGAGGACGGCGCUUCCAAGCCUUUUAAUUGUAGUUAAAAUCGAACGAACAGAAAAGUCCAUGAAUUUAAUAUAGAAACAGUUCACCUGUUCGGAAGACAAAUAUUACGUUAUGUGCACAUGAAUCUAUUGUAAAGAUACAUUUGUUACGCGAUUUUUCCAUCUACUCUUACGAUUGAAAACCUGGAGUAAAGCCUUCGUCAAGAUCUGCUAUCUGGAAAAAAAAGAUUUACGCUUCGUAUGUAUCAGUUGGUAAUGGGGUUAAGGAUGUGUUAUGGCGAAUCCUUGAGCCUCCAAGUUAAUAUUUUGCCUUUGUACCUGUCAUCUGAUGAUUUAGCACCAUUUUAUUGAUGAUGUUUCAGAAUUUCUGCAAGACUUACAUAGUGUCGAUUUCGCUUCUUCAAUGUCUGUGUGGCAGUAUUAAUACGAUUACGACUCAUGCAGUUCAACCAGUUGUGAAGUUCGUCUUUAUCUCCGAGGAAAUUCAACGACAUGAUCUGAAUUCAACUUUUGAGCACAUCCUAAAGCGAUACACGGAUGUUUCGUCUCUCUUGAGUUUGCAAGGGACUGCAUUAGCAUGGAAUCAAAAAGAAACGCCGCAUUUCUUGUGGCGAAAAAUACAAGAACACAUCAUCGAACAAAAUGCGAGUAUGGUCAUAAGCUUUCUACCGCCGAAGAAAAAUUAUGUACUUGUGGACGUAUUGAGUAAGAGUGCUAUUCCAAUUAUUGGGCUUCAAAGUUUAACAGAAGAAUUCUACAAAUCCUAUCAGGAAAGCUCGUUGUACCUAUCAAUACUUCCAUCAGAUGCUCUCCAAGCCGGCGUCAUCGUGGACCUGAUGCUAGAAUUUGAGGAGAGUCGAUUUGUUUGCAUCACUACAAAGAAAUCACGUGACGACGCGCUGCUUUCUUAUCUCCUGCAGUACACAGCGAAUAUUGGUCACCAGGCUACCUCUCCUAGAUGCAUUAUCCUCCGAGAAAACAGCUUAUUGGAAGACCUAGGCACAGCUCUGGCAGCCAUCAGUAACAGCGGUGUGCGUUUAGUUGUUGUUCACUGUCAGAGUAAUGAGAGUACCGCUAUAAUAUCUCUCGCCAAUAAACUAAGCUUAAAACUUUUAAGACGUGACGUUUACUGGAUCUUCACGCACAAAGCUGUUACUAUCGACGCUAAUGCUUUUCCUGAGGGUUCGUUUGGCGUGCAAAUGUUUCAAGGAACUGGAAAUGCAAGUAUGGUCUCGCUAUAUAAAGGUCUGUUGCAGGACUCAGUAGAGUUGUUCGUCUUGGGAUUGAAGAGCUCACUGGAUUGGUUAACACAUUGCAAUAAACUGGACUGUUUACAGGGAGGGCUUUUUACCGCUUUCAAAAGACAACUCUACAGGGAGAUGGUGCAUCGCAGUUUUACUGGCCAGACGGGAUUUGUUCAAUUUAGUAACAAUGGAAAACGUACUUCCUUCAAAUUCGCCUUAAUAAAGGCGCUGCGAUUACACGAUUUAAAACACGACGAGGCGGAUCAAUAUUGGCACGUAUUAGGAUAUGCCUGUCCAGAAAUGACCCUGUACAAUAGCCCCCAUAAUUUUGAGGCAUUUCUACCAACGGACCUUCCAAGACCGCGCCACUUAAGAAUAGUUACCGUCAAACAUGCACCUUUUACGGCGAUCCAUGACGUAGAUUACAGCAGUAGAAUGGGCACUAGCUGUCCGGAAAACACUGUUCCAUGUAGGGAAUUUCUUAAGGAUAAUGACACUUUGUUUCCGGAUAAUGAAGGGUUCUGGAAACGCAAUGAAGGUUCCUCAAGAUUACAGUGCUGUUAUGGUGUUAUGAUUGACAUUUUAAUCAAGAUUCAAGAAAUCGAAGACUUUUCAUUUGACCUUUACUUAGUCAAAGAUGGAAAAUAUGGCUCAGUGGAUUCGACAACAAAACCGAUGAACGGGAUGAUCGGGGACGUGUACCGAGGGACCGCCGAUUUUGCUCUCGGUGGUAUUACAAUUACCGAAGAACGUUCGAAGUACGUCAGCUUCACGACCCCGUACAGCGACACGGCGCUAAUGUUCUUAGUGAGGCGGUUUGAAGCCAAUAACAAAACUUUUGCACAGAUCAUAAGUGACAUGAGAUUAAUGAAAUCCUUCAGGACGGAACUGUGGCUUAUGUGUUUGAUUGCAUUUUGUGCGGUUGCAGUCACGAGUUGGGUCUUUGAGAAAGUGUAUUACUAUAGGAAUCAUAAGAGUGCAUAUCUUUUACCUUUCGAAUACAUGGCGUAUGUUUAUGGAAAUAUAUUUCAUGUACCACUCACCAAAAUCCAGGCCAAGACGUACGCAGUUCCGAGUGUGAUGGUGGUAGCUAACUUUGCGGCCCUCGUUCUCGUCAGCUCGUACACUGCAAACUUGUUGGCUUCUCUUGUCACUGUGGAAGAAACAAAUAUCGUGUCAGGGAUUGCGGACGACAAGUUGGUGGAUCCUCCGAAAGGGUUCAUAUUUGCAACAAUAAAAGACACAAGUACAGAGGACUUCUUUAGAAAGAGUCAGAGUGCCCGGCUGAGGAAGAUCCACGAAAACAUGAAAGACCACAACGUGGAAACCUUCUCGGAUGGAUUGAAAAAACUUCGAUCAGGAGAGCUGACAGCUUUCAUAUCCGAAACAGGCGCUGACGACGAUCCAAACUGUGAGAUCAAAGAGGACGGUGUGCCUUUUGAACUAUCUGGCUUAGCCUUCGCACUGCAAAAGAACUCAUCGUGGACUCGUCAAAUUUCCCGCGCGAUUCACAAACUCAACGCGCAUGACACAAUACCGCAUAUAUUUGAGAAAUGGACGACGUCUCGAUGCAAAGUUUCGCAGCAAACCAUGGUUGCCCGUCCAAUGGGACUUGGCGAGUUUGGCGGAUUUUUUUUCAACACCGCUAUGAUUUGUUGUGGAUGUUUUCUUCUCAUGUUGGCCGAAAUUGUCGUUUAUCGCAAAAUAACUAGAACUAGAAACAGCUUCAGUCCACAACAGUGUGGAAAAACGCAAAAUGUUAUGUCACUACCCGACAGUUCGUCCAUGACUAGUAUUCUAAAUAAUUAAAUUAUG